CUUCAACGUUUCGGCUGAUUGAAAUUACAAAUAUGUACGGAAUGCUCCUAGAGAGCGUCCAGCACUUCGUGCAGCUGGAGUACGGCGAGAGAAUAUGGCUGGAUAUACUCCACGAAGUGGGCGCGAAGAAUACAGUAUUUAAUACAAGGCAAACAUAUCCAGACAGUUUGAUACCAAAUUUAGCUCAAGCACUGGCUGACAAGACCGGUGACUCUGUGGACAACAAGAUGAGAUUCUUUGGAAAGUGUUUUGUAAGAUUCUUCAGUAACCUCGGGUACGACUCUAUGAUAAAAGCGACCGGCCGCUAUUUCUGUGAAUUCCUGCAGGGGGUCGACAAUAUCCACAUGCAGAUGAGAUUCACCUACCCCAACAUGAGGAGCCCCUCGAUGUAUAUAACCCAUGUCGAUCCUCAUGGGGUUGUUCUGGUUUAUACUAGCACUAGAAAGGGAUUCACGCAGUAUUUCAUGGGUCAACUUUUCCAAAUAGCCAAAGAUCUCUACGAAACUAGUCUUGAUAUUCGUGUAUUAGAAACAAGUGAUGAUCAGCCUGGGGUAAGGCGAGUCAUGGUGAAGUUCAGGAUAGACUUCGAUAAUCGUGAUUACAUUGCCAAAGUUAAUCGAAUAAGGACAUCACUCGGUCCCGAGUUGUCACCAGUCUCCGGUACUCUGCUCCUCCGAUUAUUCCCCUUCGGCAUUGUAGUAAAUCCCGAAAUGAAGUUGCUAGGCGCGGGUGAAAAGCUGUUGGAGGCGUGGGGUGGAUCGUGUUCAAUAUUGAAUAAGCACAUAAGUGAGGUCUUCAGGCUGCGGCGACCCACCGGGGUAACAUUCACGUGGGCGAACGUGCGCUUUUUACACUCGGUUAUGUUCGAGUUGGAAUUGAUCAGAUUCAACGACAGUCGGGACGAGAAUCGUCCGAAGACACCUGAGCCCGACCCCGAUACUAAGCCUGUGAAACUAGAGAGAAGAAGGAGUCAAGAGUGUAGAAAUAUUCUCCUGAAAGGGCAGAUGAGGUACCUCGACGACAUCAAAGCCAUCAUUUUCCUGUGUAGUCCAUUAAUAAAUAGCCUUGACGAGCUACAAAGCAUGGGAAUCUACCUGAACGACCUAAAUUUCCACGGAUUGAGCAAGGAGAUGGUGCUCGCUGGCUGGCAGCAUUGCGGAAGACUCGAGAUGAUGUUUGAGAGGGAGGAGCAGAGAUCAGACGAGCUUGAGAACAGCUAUGCACUUCUAGAUCGAUGGAAGAACAGAACUGACGAAUUACUUUAUUCCAUGAUUCCGCAAACGGUGGCUGAUCGAUUGAGAACGGGGGUUAGUUCCCUCAGCACGUGUGAGUCCUUUGAAUCCAUCACUGUUCUAUUCUGCGAGCUAUGUGACUUCGAUCAUACCACUAUCCAAGAAGCCAUGGACAUUGUAUCAUCGAUGAACGCAGUCUUCACGUUUUUCGACUCCCUAAUGGACGAAUUUAAAGUCUACAAGGUGGAAACUGUUGGACGCGUGUACAUGGCCGCCAGCGGAGCGCCCGAACGGAGCAAAGAUCACGCUAGAAAUAUAGCUGACGUGUCAUUGCAGCUCAUCACACGGGUGCGCUCCCUGCAAUUACCCUCGGGGGUUGAUAUCCAAAUUCGAAUCGGGAUACACUCAGGACCCGCUGUCGCUGGAAUUGUUGGGCUCAAAUUGCCCCGAUAUUGCUUCUUCGGGGACACUGUAAAUACUGCUUCUAGAAUGCAGACCACUAGCUUGCCAGGAAAAAUACACAUUUCACCAGAUACUAAGGCCCUUCUGCCGCCAGAUCUCUAUCGCACGGAAUCACGUGGGAUUCUCUCGGUCAAGGUGAAUGACAAUAUUCCCUAAAAGAAAGAUUAACUAGCACUGGAGCUGUCUUCUCCCCUCAUUGUAUGAGUGAAAUCAAUUGACACAAUCACUUAUAUUGACAAAUACUUGACGGGAAAUCCAGCUCCUGCCGCGUAUCCGAAGAGUCCGGAGUUUUGCAGUGAUUGCGUUUGUGGAGCCAAUAGGAGACAGAGAAUAGUCGGAGGGGAUGUCACGAGUUACCAAGAAUUUCCCUACGUUGUUGGACUGACGAAAGCGGGUGAAUUCCACUGCGGGGGAAGUUUAAUUACCCGUCGGCACGUGCUCACCGCAGCUCACUGUUUAGCCAAAUUCGACAGCCAAGAGUUCACUCUGUACCUGGGACUCACGGAUAUUACCAGCCGGGGUCCUUACGUCGUCCGACGGAGAAUCAAGAACUGGAGUGCCCCGGAGGAUUACAAUGGCUUUACUCUGAAUAAUGACAUCGCGGUUAUCGAAUUGGACAGACCGGUGGCGCUUGAUGGGCGCGUCAAGACCGCUUGCCUCCCGGAAAAUCGCGCAAUUGACUACACGGGAUCUCUAGCCACCACCAUCGGCUGGGGCAGGACCCUUCAAGACGGCGACACCAGCCAAUACCUCCGCAAGGUUCAAGUUCCUGUUCUCUCCGACGAGGAGUGCGCCGAGUCUAGUUACCCCGAAUCUCGACUCACUGAAAACAUGUUUUGCGCCGGAUAUCUCGAAGGAGAACGCGACUCCUGUGGGGGUGACAGUGGCGGUCCUCUAUUAGCCCAAGCUCCCGGUGGUCAUUUAGAAAUCAUCGGACUUACGUCUUUCGGCCACGGGUGCGCCCAACCGAGGUACCCGGGUGUCUACACGAAGCUGACGAACUAUCUCGGCUGGCUGAGAGACCAACUGGAAGGUGAAUGCAUCUGUCCAUCCCCGGAGUCACUGACCCCGAGGAACCGCUCCAGCAGAUUCCUCUUCGACGAGAUAUUCGGCAUCGACAUCACCGGAGGCGCUACCAGCGACAGCGACGAACAGAGAAUCCGGAAUUGUAGCUGUGAAUGCGGUGUGUAUCAUCAGGAGAAUCGCAUUGUGGGUGGUCAAGCGUCAGCGCCGCAUCGAUACCCUUGGGUGGCGCGUUUGGUGUAUGAAGGACGAUUUCACUGCGGCGGAAGCCUCUUGACUAAUGAUUAUGUUCUCACCGCUGCUCAUUGUGUUCGAAGACUGCAGCGAUCAAAAAUUAGAAUAAUCCUCGGCGACCACGACCAGCUGAUCAACACGGAGGCUGUGGCCGUGAUGCGAGCUGUCAGUGCAAUAAUUCGUCACCGAAAUUUCGACAUGAACUCUUACAAUCACGACGUGGCUCUCCUGAAGCUCCGCAAGCCCGUCAGAUUCUCGAAAACGAUAAAACCGAUCUGUCUGCCGGACGCUUCAGUGGAUCCCGCUGGUAAAGAGGGCAUUGUCGUUGGGUGGGGUCGCACAAUGGAGGGUGGAAUGUUGGCCGGCGAGGUGCACGAGGUCAGGGUGCCUAUUCUCACGAUUGAGCAAUGCAAGAGGAUGAAGUACAAAGCUAGUCGGAUUACAGACAACAUGAUUUGCGCGGGAAAAGGGAGGAUGGACUCUUGCCAAGGAGACAGUGGAGGUCCUCUGCUCGUGCAGGAGGGCGACAAGUUCGAGAUUGUGGGGAUUGUGUCGUGGGGGGUUGGCUGUGGGAGGCCAGGAUACCCCGGGGUUUACACGAGGGUGACGAGGUAUCUGAACUGGAUCAACAACAACAUGCAAGACACCUGUUUCUGUAACAAAUGA